AUGAGAUCAAGGUGGCUGUUGCGAGAAGAAGCUGAGGGAGAAAGAAACAGCGGCAGCUGGACGCCCCGGAGACCCGUCCAGAAGAGCAGAGCGAAAAAGCCAAAAGGGCCCCCAAGAAAGCCGGCUGAUAUCCGCAACCUGAGCUUUAAGUGCUCAGAAGAUGACCUGAAGGCUCUGUUCUCUCCCUUUGGAGCUGUCCUGGAGGUGAACAUUCCCAAGAAAACAGAUGGGAAGAUGCGGGGCUUUGCCUUCGUUCAGUUCAAGAACAUCCUGCAAGCGGGGAAGGCCCUGAAAGGGAUGAACAUGAAGGAGAUCAAAGGGCGCACGGUGGCCGUGGACUGGGCGGUGGCCAAGGAUAAGUACCGAGCCAUGCAGGCAGGACCUCCCUCCGGGGACACGGAGGAGAAACGCAGCCAAAUCCAACAGCAGGACUCUGGCUCCGAGAACGCCAGUGAGGAGGAAGAGGAAGGUGAAGUGCUGGGAUCGGAUGAGCUGUCCAGCUCGCCGGUGCCAGGACGGCUCGGGAAGGGCACUGCUGCCGCCCGCGCAGACAGCAGCGAGGAGGAGGAGGAGGAGGCCGGCGAGGCUGUGGGCGAGGCAGAGGAUGGGAGCGAGGCGGAGAGGGAAGAGCCCGAGGGCUCGGACGAGAGCACUGCAGGCUCAGAGGAGGACAAUGAAGACGCCGACGUGGCCAGGAAGAGGAAGAAGGGCCUGAAACGGCCGUCCGACGUCGCCGAGGGGAGGACUGUCUUUAUCAGGAACGUGGCCUUCGACACGGAGGAGGAGGAGCUGGGUGAGAUGCUGGAGCAGUUUGGAGACCUCAAGUACGUCCGCAUCGUCCUGCACCCGGACACGGAGCACUCCAGAGGCUGUGCCUUCGCCCAGUUCACCACCCAGGAGGCUGCCCAGAAGUGCCUUGAGGCUGCCCAGGACGACAGCGAGAGCGGGGGACUGCGGCUGGGCGGGCGCCGGCUGCAGCUGGACCUGGCCGUGAGCCGCGACGAGGCCCAGAAGCUGCGAGCCCAGAAGGUGAAGAAGCCGACAGGCACCCGCAACCUGUACCUGGCUCGGGAAGGCUUGAUCCGGGCCGGCACCCAGGCCGCCGAGGGCGUCAGCACGUCUGACAUGGCCAAGAGAGCGCGGGUGAGUGGGUGGGGGCAUCCCUGCCAGUGGGCUCCGACUGCCCACUCCCAGGGGAGGUACAGCAGGCACAGGCUUUGCUUGGCAAGAGCCACCUGGUGGCAGGAUGGCACAGGGCCCCACAGGGCACUGGGCUGGUGGCAGGAUGGCACAGGGCCCCACAGGCGAGGGCUUGUGGGUUGGGCCGCGUGCCGUGGGGGCUCCCAGCAGAUCCUGGAUGCGUCUCUCCUGUCUCUGCAGUGCCGGGUGAUGCGGAACCUGACGGCGCCGGUGGGGAAGGGCCAGGGCCAGUCUCUGGGCUACGCCUUCGUGGAGUUCGAGAAGCACGAGCACGCGCUGGCUGUCCUGCGCCACACCAACAACAACCCACAGCUCUUCGGGCCGCACAAGGUGGGGGCCACCCACAUGGGCUGGCUGUGGGGUCCUUGGCAGUUCCUGGGGGCUGGAGUCCUGGCACCCAGAGAGCUGAGCGCUGGAGGGUACCUGCUGCGUCGGUGGCAGCUCCCACUCAGGCGGGUGCUGGCAGCCAGUUGUGCCAGGGGGGUGGGGGGACUUGGGGUGCCUGGCCGCUGGUCCUGGCAGUGCUGGGGCCAGGAUCCCCGGCUGACCCACGAGCGCUGGCAGGGGACACUCACCUUCUGUUUUGUGCAGCAAAAGCAGAGAGAGAAGCAAGCAGCAGAGGGGCAAGGACCUCCCCGGGGGACUGGGCCAACAGAGACGCCUCAGAAGCUGCCCCCGGGCCCCAAGGGACAGAAGAACCCCAGAAAGCGGGGUCCCAAGGGGCAGGGAGACGCCACAGGUCCCCAGAGGCAGAAGGACCCGAGGGGCCCCAGGACGCAGGGCCCCAAGGGGCAGAAGGACGCCCUGGGCCCCAAGGGGCAGGGAGACGCUCCAAGUCCCCAGAGGCAGAAGGACCCAAGGGGCCUCAGGGCGCAGGGUCCUAAGGGACAGAAAGACGCCGUGGGCCCCAAGGGGCAGGGAUACGCCACAGGCGCCAUGGGGCAGCAGAACCCCAGGAAGCGGAGCCCCGAGGGGCAGGGGGCCGGCACCCCGUGGGCUGGGUUCCAGACCAAGGCAGAGGUGGAGCAGGUGGAGCUGCCGGACGGGAAGAAGCGUAGGAAGGUUCUGAUGCUGCCGACUCACCGGGGGCCCAAGAUCAGGCAGCGCGACAGGGGCAAGCCGGCCGCGCUGAAGAAGCCAAAGGCCCAGGCCAGCCAGCGACAGCAGGAGAAGCAGAGAGUGGCGCCCAGACAGGCACCGGGGAAGAGGCGGAGGCCGGUGGGGGGCCGGGCGGAGGCCCGCUUCGACCAGCUGGUGGAGCAGUACAAGCGGAAGAUCUUGGGCAGUGCCCCGUGCGCCCCUGGGGCGAAGAGGAGCAAGUGGUUUGAGAGCUGAGUGCCCCAGAGCCGCCGGGGGGACUGUCACACCACAGAGCAGUGCCAGCCUGUGCCCCACGAGGGGCUCCGUGUGUGCCAGGCGUUGCCUGCACCCUGCACCCUCUGCCACUCCACGGCUGGGGGGCCCAUCCUCUUCCGUUGGUUUCUCAGAUUUUUAUUAAUUUAAAUCUUCACUUUUUUUAACCU